GCCAAUUCCUCCCUUGUAUUAUUUUAACUUUCUGGCAACAGGUUAAACUUUCAGGUUAUUUGAUGACAAUCUCUUAUGACCUGAUUAGGCUGAUUGGAUACGUAUGUUGACAACAUUUUGCACAUCAGUCUUUUUAAGUAAUCCUUCUGUCCACGUUUAGUUACCACAUUACUAGUACUACCGGAUUGUUGUUUGACAGUAACGGUAAGGCCGCCUAGGCCGGUGACGACAGUUAUCCACCUAAGAGUGGUCGAUUAGCUAAAAAAAACAUCGCAUUGCUAGCUAUUACUAGCCGCCUAUCUGAUCGUCACUGGUAUCCGGCCUAAAUUCUGCCAUUGGUAAAGUAUAUAGAGCAUCCAAUACAGAGUGUGUCAUUUGUUCAGUAUUAGAUGUCACAUUACUAGUUUAACUCAGAAUCAAGUUAAGAAAUACGGAGUACUCUUAUUCUUAACAAAUUGUACCAUUCAUAUUAGUGUUAUCAUUAACUAUUGUUGCUCUCUCGAGAAAAGAAAAACAAAAAGAACAUGGAGAAAUGGGAAAGUGGAGAAUGCGGCUGUGAGCAAAUCCAAGGAAAACGGUUGGAUUCCCAUUCAAUGACGUCAUCAACCUAUGUAAACUCACCUGUUCGAGUAUUUGACACCUCAUUUCUUUUCCUCGAUAUCCUCCAAACAACAAGACGACACCGUCUUCUCCGCCGUGGUAUCUUUGUCAUUUAAUCACCUAUCUUUCCAAUUCCCUAUUUUACCCCUUACCCUCCUCCUCCAUUCACUACAAAUUCCUGGGUCUUUUUCGGAAUUUUAAAAUAUUCUCUCUCCUGAAACUACCCCUCUGAAAAUCUCACGUGCCAUCUCUGCUCUGUUUCUCUCCUCUUCAACUCAGUGUCACAGUCCACUAUCUUCCUGCUACAUAGUCAAUGCACCAUUUACGACGUCGUUUUCAAUCGUCAGUAGCUAUAUGGUUCCGCUCCAGCGUUGCAGUUUUAUAGUAAAGGUGUAAAAAUUCUCUGCUAAAACACCAAAAAUGGCGGAGCAGCCGAUGCCAAAAUCACCUCCCGGGUUGUUCGCCAAGCGCCGCCACCAGGCUAAACUUCAGGUUUUGGAGAGAGAAAUUGGUUUUCUUGAGGAGGAGUUGAAGUCACUUGACAACAUCCAGCCUACUUCUAGGUGUUGCAAAGAGAUCAAUGACUUCGUCGUUACAAAACCAGAUCCCUUGAUAACUACAAAUCAGAAGUCUAGUCCGUCAGACUGUUCGUGUUCAUGUAGGAGAAUCAGGGGGAAAUCAUGUUUUAAAUCGUCGUGGACUUGCUGUUUCAGUGGAUGCUGCCGAUCAGAUAAAGAGCAUCGCCAGCAAGCACGAACAAAUUGCUGUUGUUCGAGGGAGAGUUAUUGUCCUAAAUGUUGUGCCAUAAAAGGCUGUUCAUGUUACCCUCAGAAUUGCUGCUUAUUUAGGUUGUGCUCUAAUUGUUGCUGUAAGGUAAAGCUUUGCCCCAAUUGUGUACCAAGUUGUUGUGGUUCUUGCUGCUAA